AUGUCCGGCUCGGCCACUGCUCAAUCAUCACCAGCUUCAUCGAGUUGCAGUAACCUCCUCAUUGAUGAUUGGGAGUCUCAGUCGCGGUUGACCUUCCUCUUUUACAACGCCAUGCUCCAGCCAAGUAGCGAUGAUGGUUCGAUGAGCAAGAUUGAGGUUAGCAGUAAUAGGGUCAAACUGACUCCCAGUAGCAAGGACUCUUACUUCUACAGUAAGACUGCGUGCACAAACGUCCAGGCUAAGGGGUACGGCGGCAUUUCCUUCCGCAUCAAGGCCAACAAAGGAACAACAUUUGGAGUUCAGUUGGCGUCAGCAACAACGUGCAGCGGCGAGGAUACGAGCUUCAGCCUACAUACUACCAGCGAGCUUGGCUGGACGUUCGACGGCACCGAAAAGCUGUAUAACCUACCCUUCUCCAAGUUUACGACGAUUGACCUGUCCAAGGUGUCCUCCAUCUUAUUCACCACGCUUUCCGGACCUGUACAGUUCGGUCCUAUGGCCUUUUAUUGCGGCAACACACCAUCCGAGUACGUCAUCAAGACGCUGCCGUCAAGCGCUGUCCCCGUAUCGACUGUUGCCGCGCCCAAGGGCACAGCGGCAGCCAAGCUUAUCGAUGACUUUUCAGCCAAGGACCAGAAUUCUCUCGGACAAUGGCAUGGCGGCGACAACGAAGCUGCAGUCACAUGGGUUAAGGGCAAGGUGACCAUUAAGGCGCCAGAUGCCGACUUCAGCUACUACAGUCAGUUCGAGAACAGCUGUGCCGACAUGACCAGCUAUGAUGGUUCCUACUUGCACAUUGCAUACUCGGGGAGCAACAAAUUCACCAUCGCCAUGCAACAACACAACUCACAGUGUAACGACGCCAUCGCACCUUUCCCCGAGACUUGGGACUCGCUCGAGGCGGCCCGUUAUGCUACCGGCAACAACAUCUACAUUCCCAUGUCACACUUCAACAUUGUGCGCACACGUGCGGUCGGCCUGGCCUUCAAAGGAUUCUACACGAACGAGGCUGUUACCCUGACCAAGAUUGAGAUCGUCUCAUCUGUGCCGAGUGGUGUCUACAUCCCGAGUAAGUUGCCUUCUGGCAAUCUCGUCUUCGCUUGCAAGCGUCCCAACUCGAUUGCGUUUGCCAUCGACGACGGCGACCCAACCUACGCUCAGGAGGUCAUGGAGGUCAUCAGAUCUGAGAACAUCAAGGUCACCUUCUUCACUGUUGGCGCGCCUCUUAGAGACCCUAGCACGAAUUUGAGCAACAUCUACCAGGACAUGAUGACACAGGGCCAUCAGAUGGCUCUCCACAGCUAUACUCAUCCCAGGAUGGAGGGUCUUCCCAACAAUGAAGCAAUUGCUUGGGAGUAUAAGCAGGACAUUGACGCCGUGUCAGACAUGUUUAGUGGUCUCAAAACCAAGUACUUCCGGCCGCCUUUUGGCAACGAGGGCGCCCGUAUGCGUCAGCAGCUUGUUUCUACCACAGGCAACAGCGACGCCUAUAUAGUCAAUUGGAACAUUGACGUCGAAGACUGGCUUUGGGCUACUUCCUCCACACCCGAGAAGCAGUUGGAGGCUUUCCAGCGCGACCUGGACAAGGGGGGUAGCCUUGUCGUUAUGCACUACUUGUAUCCCAGCACAGUCAAGUACCUGAGACAGUUCAUUCAGAUGGCCAAAAAGACAAACAAGCAACUCAUGCGGGUUGAUCAGUGUAUGGAGGAUCCCGAGGCGCCUCCAUUGUAG